CACGCCAUGGAGGCUCCAGAAGUACCUGGAGCAUGGCCUAUAAUCGGCCACAUCUUUAAACUAGCAUCCCCUCAGCCCCUUUUCCGAACACUUGCAGACAUGGCUGACAAGCACGGACCAGCCUUCACUCUCCGAUUCGGCAUCCAUCGAACACUUAUCAUUAGCACUUGGGAGUUAGCGAAGGAGUGCUUCACCACAAACGAUUUGGCCCUCGCAAACCAUCCAAUAAGUGCAUCCGGCAACUACAUGUCCUUCGAUUAUGCAAUGUUUGGGUUCGCACCCUACGGACCCUACUGGCGUGAGGCACGAAAGUGUGUUGUGCUCGAGUUGCUCUCCAACCGCAGGCUUGAAUCCCUCAAACAUGUCCGAUAUGCACAGAUUGAGAAUUGUAUGAAGGAUCUACAUGGGCUUUGGGUGAAGAACAAUAGCAAUCAAGUUAAGGUGGAAAUGAAUCGAUUGUUUCGAGAUCUAACCAUGAAUUUGAUCCUCAAGAUGGUUGUCGGAAAACGAUAUUUGUUGAGUAUCGCGGAUACAGAGCACGAUGAAGAGGUUCAAAGGAUCCAGAAAACAAUUGAUGAUUUCUUUGAGCUAUCUGGUGCCGCAGUUGCAUCGGAUUUGCUUCCGAGUUUCUUAUCGUGGAUGGAUUUUGACGGGAGACAGAGGGCCAUGAAGAGGACUGCUGUGGAGAUGGAUGCGAUUUCAGAGAGAUGGCUUCAAGAACAUCGGCAAAAGAGAUUAUCUGGGAGGGUUAAUGGUGAUGAGAAAGACUUAAUUGAUGUGAUGCUUUCAAUUCUUGAAGAAGGUUCUCAGUUACAUGGCCAUGAUCGUGAUUCAGUAGUGAAGGCAACCGCACUGAAUUUGAUCUUAGCGGGCACAGAUAGCACUGCGGUGUCCCUUUCAUGGGUUAUUUCUCUAUUACUAAACCACAAGAAAGUCUUAACAAAGGCUCAAGAUGAGUUGGACAUUCAAAUUGGGAAGGAUAGGAAUGUGGAAGAUAAAGAUAUUGAUAAACUUGUGUAUCUACAAGCAAUAAUCAAGGAAACACUUCGUCUAUACCCAGCAGGACCGCUCUUAGUUCCCCAUGAAGCCAUAGAAGACUGCAAUUUUUCAAGUGGCUUUAGAGUCUUAAAAGGAACACGUGUGUUCGUGAAUGCUUGGAAGAUACACCGAGACCCACGCGUGUGGUCAAACCCUUUGGAAUUCCAACCAGAGAGAUUUCUUACAAGCCAUGCUGAUGUUGAUGUACGUGGAAAAAACUUUGAGUUGAUUCCUUUCGGGUCGGGUAGAAGAUCGUGCCCGGGGAUCUUGUUUGCCCUCCAGUCCUUGAGCAUGACAGUUGCCCGGUUGCUUCAUGGGUUCAAUCUACAAACACCUUCUGAUUUGUCUGUGGAUCUGACUGAGGGCAUUGCAGGUAUAACACUGUCUAAGAAAUUCCCAUUGGAAGUCCUCCUUAGCCCUCGACUUCCUUCCCAUCUCUAUGCAUAAGAAAUAUAUAUUUUUUUCUUUUUUCUUUUUUAUUUUUUU